AUGGGCGAGCAAAAUGAUUCCCAUCACUAUUCAGAUCCGAUCCUGGACGACUCCUACGGCGAGAGGGUCGCCUACUGGCUCAAAAAGUGGUCUGGCGUCCGGGUGCAGGCCCCUCAACGCUCUCAGAGGAAAAACGACAAGCCUCAUCGGAGCAACCUGUGUGAGGGCUGUAAGGCAGGGCACUGUAAAAAUGGCGACUGGAACGACUAG